AGCCUGACUGCCUGUUGCAGGAAGUGACGUCGAAAGCUUGGGUGGCCUGCUUCUCUUAGUUGAAGAGAAGGACAAACAGAGUGUGCUCUGCUCUCGAAGUGUGCCUAAUGGUGCGAUCAACCCCAGUUGGCGGGAGGGCGCUUGCUUCGCAAAGGAGAGCAGGAACCUUCGCCGAAUAUUUAUUCAGCCAGUCCUUUGAACCAGUUCUUGGUGGUUCCUGGUGCGUCUCCCUGUCCCUUAGCACAGUUUCCUUUGGUGUCUCAACGCCUGAGCCGAGCGAGCAACUGAGAAGAAGAUCGAGAGGUGCUUGUGAGGGUGGGAUGUAGCAGGUGUUGAAAUGGAGGAGCACGCAGCAGACU